AUGAAAGACAUCAAACAUUUCAUUGAUUUGGUUAGAAAGUUUAUGUAUGACAAAGAAGAUAAGUUUCCCAGGAGUUCUUAUGAUUUGACCCUCUGUAUCCAUUCUGCAAAGAAACUAGAUAAUGCGGGGGUCGCGUUUGGGCUUCCUAAAGAUGCUACACAUUUAGCUCGCAUAAAAACUUGGCCCGAUAUUAAGGACGAUGAUAAGUUAUGGUGGAGCAAUGGCCGCGGUUGCUAUGAGCCUCGUAUCUGCAAUUAUAUUUUUCUGCUGGAUCAACUCAUCGACACCGUUGAAGAUGUGGAUUUGCUGGUUGACAAGACAAUCAUUGAGAACUGGCUUGGCAGUAACAAGGCUGUGGUUGACUUGGUUAACCAACUUUGCGACCAAAUUGUGACACCGCGUUUAUUCUAUACUGAUAUCUGCGACAAACUUAACAAGUAUCACAGCAAAAAACUGAAUGUUGCCAGGUCAACCUUCAAGAGGGUUUACUUCGAGGAAAUUUGGACGAGCAGUUCCACUGUUGUCGGGCUUGUUUUCCUUGUGUUCUCCCUCUUCUCUACCUAUUCUACCAUCAAGAAUCUAUAUGAUGAGACUGGAUGGAACCCAGGGCCAUUCAUAAUUUAUUUACGUGACUGUGACAUUGAUGCACAAUAUACAAUGCCUAGUACACCUUAG